UGACACCCCGAGUCAGAAAUAGCCUGUCAUGCCCAGAGACACACAGUCCCACAUAAAGCUCUCGGUGUGUAGGAUUUUCUCUACAAGUACUGUUGACAAUGCCAGGUCCCAGUCUACUACAAGUAUUCAGGAUGUCAGCCGGAAGACAAUCUUUAUUUUACAUUUUGUGCUUCUGUGGAUCCUCUGGUACGGGGCAGCUGUGAGAUUCACCUCAGGCAAAGCCCAGCUAGGCCAUGCUCAAGUUAUGAACACAACAAUGGUUCAGUCUGUAAUGUUGUCAGUCCUGAUGCAUAUUUUCCUGGUGUCCCAUGGUGCCCUGUGUUUGGAGCCCGAGGAGGGAGCCUCUCUUCAGGCAGGUGCUCUGAACCUCCCAUGGCAGGAUGAGCUGUGCUGUGAUUCACCGUCAGCCCACCUCACUGACGGUGUGUACGCACUGGAGACAAACUGCUCUGAAUCAAGCCUCCCACACUAUGCUCACUGCAACUUCAGGAGCCUGAGAGCCACAUCACAUCCUCACGAGCCCUCUGGUGGCACCUGUUUGGACAUGCUGUGCAGAAUUGAUGAAAGGUGGGAGAGUUUGACUUGUGAUCUUCAGUCUCACGACCCGCCAUCAGACACACUGAAUGCUGCUCUUAUGGCAAUUAGCUUGCAGCGCCUGCUCUCCAAGAAAAAGGGCUCAGAGGUGAAUGAUGGGAAUGACGCAUCUUAUAACCCUGUCAUCUGUGAAGCAGAGGAUUCCUUCAUGUGCUCACUCCCACUUGACACUACGACAAGCUUCGUUACUACGGUGACUGUCAGCAUCGCCAAAGCUGUAGCUCCGCCAAUUCUACUCAGAGUUCCAGCCCGACCUGUGAAACCCAGUCCUCCCGUCAGCCUUUCACAUAUCCAGACUAUUGAGGCAGAACUGAUUUUACACUGGGACGACCCAGAAGACAUUGAUUCUGGUCUGCUGAGAUAUGAGGUCCGAUACUCUUCUAACACCACUCAUCCAGCCUGGCAGGUGGUUUCUGUACCCGCAGAGCCCAGGAUGCUUCUGGAUCUGAAGCCCAGACUGAACUACACUAUCCACGUUCGCUGCUCCAGCUUGGAUAAACCCCCACUGUGGAGUGACUGGAGUGAACCCUACCACAUUUACCUGGACACGGUGAGCUACAUCCCUGAGAAAGUGGUGGUGCGACCGGGAGAGAACGUAACAGUUUAUUGUGUAUUCAACGACCACAGCAUCAAUGCCAGCACGGCCAUGUGGAUGCUCAACUUCCAACAGCCGCUUCAUCGCAGCCAGUACCACCCAGUCAACCAGUGGGUCAGCCAGAUCACAGUGCGCCCUUCAGAGACUCGAAUGUAUGACCUGCUGCAGUGCACGCAGGAGUGGACCAUCCCCUACAGCCAGAUCUAUGUAGAAGGAGCAUCCAUUGAUAUAAAAUGUGAAACCAACGGUGAUAUUGAUGCUAUGGACUGCAGCUGGAAGAACACACAGUGGACUAAACCCAAAUUCCUAUCCAGGUGGGCUGAUCUGCCAUGUGAUGUAAUGGAGGAAAGGGAGAGAGCAGGUGAGAGCGUGGGGGAGAUGGGACCUGUUUGCCUCUCUCAGAAAUCCUGCACCAUCCAGCCCCUGAGGAUGAACUGCUACAAGUUGUGGCUGGAGGUGCCAUCCCGUCUGGGCCCUAUCUGGUCCAAACCUGUCUACCUGUCACCAAUAGAUCAUGUGAAACCGCACACACCGACUAAAGUGAGGGCAGUGAGCCGGAGCAGCGGGGUCCUGACGAUCACAUGGGAACCACCUUCUCUGCCAGUUGAGGGACUCCAGUGUCAGUUUCGACUCCACUCACUGUCCACUGUCAGAGCUCAGCCGGAGUGGAAGGUUCAUAAUCCAGUGCGGGUGCCAUCGGCGGAGGUUGCCGUUCCAGAUAUGUGCCGUGUGUAUGUGGUGCAAGUGCACUGCAUGCACACCAACGGCACCGGCUACUGGAGCGACUGGAGUGACUCCAUUUACUCUACGCCAGAAAAUAGCAGAGCUCCUGAUCGUGGCCCUGAUUUCUGGAGAGUUCUUCAGGAUGAUCCAUACAGAAACCAAACUAAUGUUACUCUGCUAUUUGAGCCUCUCCUGACAUCAGGGCACUCCUACUGUGUGGAUGGAUUUAUAGUCCAGCAACAGUCCUCGAGUGGCACUGUGAUGAGGGAACGGAUCGAGCUGGUGUCCUCCUACAGCUUUGAGUGGAACCAGGAAGUCCAAACUGUCACUGUGGAAGCCUACAAUAGUCUGGGGAGCUCGGCUAACAACAUCAACAUGAAACUGGAGAGACAGCCCAAACGACGCUGUGUGCGUGCGUUCCGUGCGCUGGUUAUCAACAGCACCUGUGUGUCUCUGUCCUGGAACCUGCUGGACAACAGCUCUGUGCCUCUAUUCAUGGUGGUCCAGUGGUUGCCACAGAGGCAACAGGACCCUGAUCAUCACAAAGGCCUGAGUGGAGAACCAUGGGUCAGAGUGCCUUACACUGAUCGUCCUGUCUAUUUAAAAGGGGAUUUCUUUGGCUCUGAGGGGUAUGGGUUCUAUCUGUAUCCUGUGUUUGCUGAAGGAGAAGGGGAGCCAGCAUACACUACAGCCACCAGAGGAGACCCUGCAGCCUACAUUAUGCUGAUGAUCAUCUCCUUCCUCUCCAUCGUCCUGUUUGUCACCCUGGUCCUCUCCCAAAACCAGAUGAAAAAGUUUAUGUGGAAGGAUGUGCCCAACCCAAACAAAUGCUCCUGGGCUAAAGGACUGGACUUCAAAAAGGCUGACACGUUCGACCACCUUUUCCAACCGCCAGAGGGCCUGCCAGCCUGGCCACUGCUGCUCCCCUCUGAAAACAUUUCCAAAGUCGUUAUUGUGGAAAAGACUGACCUCUCAGCGCUGACCCCACUUGUGUCCCUAAAUCCCGACACAGCUACUGCCUUAGCUAUCUCCAUUCCUUCAGGGUUUAACUCUGAGGUUGACCAAAACCGAUCCAUCGACAGUGAGGCGCACCUGGGUGGAGCACCCUCCUUAGCCCUUGAUAUGGAUGCUUUAACUGCCUCAAGCCUGAGGACAGAUGAGUUACAGUUUGUCGACCUCCCUAGAACAGAUGAGCUCCCAGGCACCAAUGACAGCACUGCCCAGUCCUCAGUCACUUAUGCCACUGUGCUGCUCGCUAAUCCAAAGCAGGAGCAGCAGCCCAUUCAUCUCCACUACAAGGAUGGUAGUGGCAGCAGCUCCAGUGAUGAGGGCAAUUUCUCUGCUAACAACUCAGACAUUUCAGGAUCUUUCCCCGGUGGCCUGUGGGAGCUGGAGAGCUGCCGAGGUGGGGAGAUGGAUGACCCGCAACACUCCUGCUCCUAUAACUCCGUGGAGGAGCUUUCUGAAACAUCAGAGCAUGAAGAUGAGGAGGUGAGAGAAGGGAAACACCUGUAUUAUCUCGGUAUGGACUAUCCAGCGGAGGAUGAGGAGAGUGAUGGAGAAGAGGAGCGAAGAGAGGAAGAUACAAAAGCUGAGCUGUUCAAAAGUGUUGUUUUGAACAGAGAUGCCUGCUCUGUGGAGUCACACCCUUUGCUUGGCCCUGUGGACUCGAGUGAUAACAGCGAGAUGGGUUCAGCGUCAACACGUGGCUUUUCCCCGCUGUACAUGCCUCAGUUCAGAACUGCACCAUGCACGAGGCAACUCACAGAUUAACCACAAGAAAUCAAUCCCCAGCUGUGACUCUCACACAAGCUGUAUUCAGAUAUCCUCUAUUCCUUCAGACAUAGUGUGGUAUGGAGCUGGACAAUGUAAAAAUACCUCCAAAGAUGUAUGACUCCGAGUAGAUCUUCAUCAAUGCUGCUAUUGUGUGGCACAAGCCUCAUUUAUAGGCAUUUCUUUUUGGGGAUUCAAACCCCUAGUUUUACUGUGCCAAACAGCUGCACUGCAAUCAUGUAGCAGUGGUUACUGAUGCGGGAGCACUUACUCAGAAAAAUGAGCUCACACAUUUUCAAAGGAGGUUGGGCUGUCAGAAGAAUAUGCAGUUAACGUUUAUGGAGAGCAGCAGCCAACAAUUAAUAUAGUGGUCAUCGCUCUGCAUGAUUACAUGCACUCAUCUGCUCAUACCAUAAUGUUGAAAACAUGAAUUCUUGCUGAAUACUUUGUUUCAUUUUAAGUGAAACAUGAAAGAGCUUCAAAGAGAAUACAUAAACGUGUUGAAAGCGGGAGAGAAAAUGCUCAUAAUCUGCACAGUUUUGGUUCUCUCAAAGCACAUUUGACUGUGAAGUGAAGGUCCAAAUGGGCUGUCAGUUCAAAGAUGCUGUAUUGGUGUGACUAAAUGAUGAAACAGUUGUUGACGGUGAGUAAUAGCAGGUGAUUUCUGGACUCGUUAUUUUCUGCGUCCAUAGGCAGCUUGCACAUCAACAUCUGCAUGGUUUAAAUCACUCACCAACCCAAAGAAUGUCUUUUUGUACUUUGUGCUGAAAUGUAUUUGAGACUUUGUUACAGUAUGUGAAAAAUAUAUCUAUUUUUUCUGUGCUUGGCCAUUUUGAUGUACACCUGCUGUCUGGUGUAAAUAAAAGACAAGAGAAUGUAUAUUUGAAACUAGAAGAAGAAAUAAAGAAAACACGUCAUGAAAAUAUUGAAAAAUGAGUGGACAAAAGUAGCUAUUGUAUAUUGAGAUAUUUUGUCUAUUUUUCAUGUUGAAAAUAAAGUAUUUAUUGUGA